AUGAUGGAGGAGUUGGGUUGCGUUGAAGAAGGUAAGGUUAUGUAUUAUCACUUUAAACGACCGUUAGGGGAUUUAGAUUUUGGGUUGUUUGCGUUGGGUAGUGAUCAAGAUGUCAACCACUUAAGGUCCUACGUUGCUUCACACAAGCUUAUAGAAGUGUGCACAGAAUUUUGGUGUACCAACUUGCAUACAUAUGUUAUGUCACCUAACCCUUCAAAACUCAGGAUUGAAGAGAUUGUUAAACCCCCUUCUUGUUCUAUAAGCUUGUGUCUCAAAUGGAUUGACACAAACAUAGUUGAACUCCCUGUUUUAGAACCAAGCAUGCAAACCCCUACAAUGGAACCUAACAUGGAAUCCCCUAGUCAUAUUGAUGUUACAAAUGUUUCACCCCUAGAAUGGAAUCCCCUAUUGAAGUUGAAUAUCUGA